AUGGGCAAACGGAAGGCCGCGGCAAAGCCGCAAAAGAAGAUCAAGGUGAAGCUUGACACAACAUUUCGCUGUUUGUUCUGCAAUCAUGAGAAGUCUGUCAUCUGCACUUUGGAUAAGAAGAAUGGGGUGGGCGACUUGGCUUGUAAAAUCUGUGGUCAGAGCUUCCAAACUGCCAUCAAUUCAUUGUCGCAACCCGUUGAUAUCUACUCCGACUGGAUUGAUGCUUGCGAAGACUUGGCCGAAGAGGCAGAAAUUAAGGGCGCAAAUUUGGAAAACGACGAGGAUGCUUACAGCGACGACGAGGAUGCUCCUGCUAGGUCAACCCGAGACCCUGUCCUUUCUGAUGAUGACUACUAA